AUGGGCCGCGCUGACCGACCUCUUGUUCCUGAAUCACUGGGACUCAUUUCUGCCGUUGUUUUUCUCGUCUUAGCCGUGAUUCAAAUUCCAUUCUUGGACUCAAACGUAGAUCUGGUGCUUUUUCUCGGAGCUUUGUUGACGAUAACUUCUGCUGCUUUCCUUGGCUUCGUGGACGACGUCCUAAAUCUUCGAUGGAGACAUAAGCUGUGGGCUCCAGCUGUUUCUACUGUGCCACUUCUCACGGUUUACUUCAUCGUCAACGGGGAGACUUCAGUUCUCUUGCCCAAAUUUCUUCGCGGCUUCGAACUAACCAUCUUCGAUUUCAACCUCCUUUCUAAAGAAGGGAUCCUCCAACUUGGUCCGCUUUACUACUGCUAUCUUCUUGCCCUGAUCAUUUUCUGUCUGAAUGCAAUCAACAUCCUGUCUGGCGUCAAUGGCCUCGAGGCUGGUCAGAGUUUUAUCAUCGGCUUGGGUUUCAUUUGCUACAAUUUGAUAGAGCUUUAUAAUGGCAAAUUGUCAGAAGAGCACCUGGCCUGCCACUACCGAUCACUUUCACUCAUGGUCCCAUUCGUCGGGUGCGUUUUUGGGCUCGUUAGAAGGAACUGGUAUCCAGCAGAGGUUUUCGUCGGCGAUACUUUUUGUUACUGGGCUGGAUGUACUCUGGCCACAACUUCGAUUAUCGGAAGAUUUUCCAAAACCGGCCUCUUGUUUUUCAUCCCUCAGAUCUUCAAUUUCGUCUACGGCCUGCCCCAGCUGUUCCACAUCAUUCCCUGCCCUCGCCAUCGUCUUCCUCGUUUUAACUCAGAAACUGGCUUACGAGAAAUGUCAACGACAAGAGUAAAAUGGUCAAAAUUGAACAUAAUUGGAAAACUAUGGAUCACAGCUGGAAAACUCACUGGAACCAUUUGGACCAAGGAACUUGAAGAUGAUGAAAUUGAGCUCAACAACUUGACGAACCUUAAUCUGACAUUAAAGUUAGUUGGUUCCGUGUCUGAAGCAAAAAAACGACGUGGCCAUGGCGGAGAUAUCGGGCUUCCCGGAGCUCUUCUCAAGUCGAUGGACUCGUUUAUGACGAACAUCCUGCCCUGGAGAAUACUUUAUGUUGUUGAUGAGCUCGAUUCUAGAUAUCAAAUUGCGGCUGGAUGGGAUGAGGGUGAAAUACGCUCGCGUUGGGAUUAUCUUGAGAAGGAAUGCGUCCCGAUGCUCGCAGAAAUGGACGACCAAGAAGAUCGAACAACCUUCGUUCUGGCCAAAAUCAACUCACUCGCCUCUAGGGCGGAAAAAGAACGAUCAUCCCAAGAGCCGAAGAAACUCAAAGAAGCGUCGAUAAAAUUCCGCCAAACUUUCAGUUAUCCCGAUUCAGAACGGCUCGUCAAUUUCUUCAUGUGUACUUAUAGCAACAGACCUGGGCAGAUUUACUUGUCGGUGAAUCAUUUGUCUUUUUAUUCGUAUGUUUUUGGAAGUGAGCUGAAAGUGGUGUGUAGAUGGAUUGAUGUGGAAAAACUGGAACUCAAGUCUGGCUUCUUAUCGUAUGUUGUCAAGGUUCGUGCGAAAAACGACAAUUUCUCCUUCCACUUCGUGAGCGAAGAACCCUACAAAACGAUGCAACAGCUUGCCGACAUCGCUUGCAGAAACCUAAUGGACGGCGACCCGCAGCGCACCGAUCUCGACAGCGGGCGACAGAUCAAAGCCAAGACCGAGAGCCUUAAGAGCCGCCUCGAUAAGCGCCAGCGAACCGACAAAAUUCGAUUUUUCUUUCGCCUCCCCUCCGCCGAAAUACUUGAUGGAAAGACCGACUGCGUUCUGCACUGUGCGUUCGAGCGAAAUAGGGCUGAAUCGGGCGGGCUUUUUGUCUUCAAGAACUUUGUUUGUUUCAAAUCUUCUCUUCCCAAUUCAUUGACGCUCGUCAUCCCUCUUCGUUUCGUAACCCAUGUCGAAGGGAUGGACUCGUCUAACGCUGUCAAGUCGGGUAUCUCUAUCUCCGUUUCGGAGCCGUUGAUCAAUAACGAAAAUAAAGCGAAGCAAAACUUCUUUUUCGGAAGCAUUCCCGAUCGCGACGAUGUCCUGAAAAUCAUCAGAAAUUUUUGGACGCAAAUACGCACUCCAAUGCCAUCCGCAUCAUCUCCUGUUACUGUCUGUUCUCCGCUGGCGGAGCAAUACUCGACAGAACCAGCUGGUAGAAAAGCGGCUGACAUUGAUUACCGGGAAGUCGAGUUGGAGAACGCGUCUAGAGCGGCUGCUAAUGAUGUAAAGAUGAAACUGUGGGAGCUUCACUUUCAAGAGUUUGGGCGAGGUGUAGCUAUGUACAGAACUUCGAAGCUGCAGGAGCUCGUUAUCAAAGGAAUCCCGACCUGUUUUCGUGGAGAGCUUUGGUUAACAUUUUCAGGCGCUCUUCAUCAACUUAGAGCCGCCCCUGGGAAGUACGCGGAGUACGUGAACUCUUGCAACGAAUCCAAUUCAAUUGCUGCCGAUGAAAUCGAACGAGACCUUCACAGAGCUCUUCCAGAACAUCCUGCGUUUCAGGAAGACAAGGGCAUUUCCGCUCUGCGACGCGUUCUUAACGCAUAUGCUCUCCGAAAUCCUUCAAUAGGAUACUGCCAGGCGAUGAAUAUCGUCACUGCAGUACUUUUACUGUAUUGUAACGAGGAGCAAGCAUUCUGGCUUUUGGUCGCGAUUUGCGAACGACUCUUACCCGAUUACUACAAUAAAAGAGUUGUUGGAGCAAUUGUGGAUCAAGGGGUUUUUGUCGGACUUGUCAAACAGCACUUACCAAAAAUUCACGGUCGUCUGGCAGAAUUAUCUGUAGUAGACACUUUGACGCUUCCAUGGUUCCUUACAAUUUUCUUGUCUUCAAUGCCCUUUCACGCAGCGACAAUGAUUGUCGAUGCUUUCUUUCUUGAUGGUGCAGUUGUCAUAUUCAGAGUAGCACUUGCUAUACUUCGCGAAAACGAACAGAAGCUUUUGGAUUGCAGAGAUGAAGGAGAAAUCAUGCUCCUGCUUUCUGGAUAUCUUGAGUCUGUUUUCUCACGAGAAGCAGCCCCGAAAAGCCACCAGACUGCACCAAAAGAUGUCCUCAAUUCAAGAGCUGGAACUGGCCAGGAGAUAUCGCAACUCAUCCGACAUGCUUACCAACACUACUCGCUAAUUUCUGCAGAUUCGAUUGAGAAACUAAGAAUGGAUCAGCGACUUCGAGUUAUCAGAGAUCUUGAGAAUAACACGAUGAGAUCUGCUUGCAGAAGAGUCACUACGAAGCUUGCAUAUGAAGAAAUCGAAGCGCUUUACAGGCUUAUUCGGGAAGAAGCUAUGAGUAGAAGAUAUCAUGACGAAGAAAUAAGAGACUGCUUGUUUGAUCCUGAAAAACCUGCUGAAGCACAAUUUCGCAUCGAUCGACCUCUAUGGAUGAGCCUUGGCAAAGAACUUUUGCCAUUUGGUAAAGGAUUGGUCGGUAUGUUUUUGAUUUAUUGA